AUGGCCGACACAAUGGCACCUUUCCCUCGGGUUUACUUCCGCUACGUAGAACCUUUGAUGAUCACUUUCGGAAGUCUCAAUCUCAUCUUGAGCGGUGCAACCAGCGCCUCAACCUACCUCUCAACACCGUCUCACCCAACAUUGGCAACCGAGCACUUUCUGGCCCUGCAAGCAGGCAGCAUGAUGCUUUUAGCCGGUAUGCUACUCACCACCAUCAUGUGGACAAGCAACGAAAUCAAGACCAUCAGACUCACAAUCAUGAUUCUUGCGGCAUCCGACAUCCCUCAUUGGAUUUGCGGGGCAUGGUGUUUGGGACCGCUUGCUUUUGAGCCUAGCAGUUGGAGUGCGGAGAUGAAGGCGUAUAUGGGGGUUCCUGUAGUGACUUUCUUGAUCAAGGUCGCGUAUUUGCUGGGAUGGUUUGGACGCGAUCAGGUUACCGACAAGGUCACGAAGGAGCUGUAG